AUGCUAUUCCCAUCGCUGCCGAUGCCAUUCGAACGAAAUGCGUACGAUGACUGUUCAUCUGCAACAAAGCCGAGGACUGCUUAUGGGAUGAGGACGGUAUCGCCGCUACAUUUACCAGCCAGAGGCUUGGAAACGGUAGAAGAGCGCAGACAAUUUUUGCGUGUUCAAGACAAGUAUUACAAGGAUUACUUGAAGCAAACUUCGCAAGAAAAGAAGUGGAGGGCGAAAAAGCAAGAAAGAGGCGUAACAAGCUGA